GUGUUUUGAUUCUUCUUGGGUCAAGGAGACUUUUACGAUAACAAUAGCACUGCAUCUCAAGCCCUAAACCUCCAAGUUUUCAAUGUUAAGCAACCAAUAAGAGCAGUAGUUAUGAAGAAGAGUUAUGAUUACGAUUUAGUUGUUAUUGGAGGCGGUUCUGGAGGUAUGGCGACAGCUCGUAGAGCUGCCGAGUACGGCGCUAAAGUUGCUCUGAUUGAAAAAGGGGCGUUAGGAGGGACCUGUGUGAAUGUUGGAUGUGUUCCUAAGAAAGUGAUGUAUAAUGCUGCUUUGCAUGUGGAGAUGAUGCACACACUUAAAGAUUAUGGAUUUAAUUCAGAAUUUAAGCAUUUUAACUGGAACCAUUUAAAAACUAAACGCGAUAAUCUUGUCAAAAAUCUGAAUGAAGUUUACGAAAAAAAUUUAAAAAAAGCAAACAUAACUAGAAUUACGGGAAUCGCUUGUUUUGUGGAUAAUCACAAACUUCAAGUGAACAAUAGUUUUUAUACGACAAAAAAAAUCGUGAUAGCCACUGGUAGUAGGCCACGCGUUCCUACGAACAUUGAGGGCAGCGGGUUGGGCAUCACUUCUGAUGGAUUUUUUGAGCUUGACUGCCUGCCGAAGAAAAGUGUUAUAGUUGGUGCAGGUUAUAUUGGAGUUGAACUCGCUGGGAUCCUCUCUCUUCUCGGGAGUAAAACUUAUAUGUCCAUUCGGCACGCCUCCAUUUUGCGCACGUUUGACGAACUUUUGCAAAGCGUUGCUAUGGAAGAGUUGGAGAAAAACGGCGUUAAUUUUUUGAGAAAUAGCCACGUGACUCGAGUGGCCAAAUCUACUGACGGCACUUUAGUGGUGGACCUUUCCUAUAAGAAUGAAGCACUUCGUUUGAGUGAUGUUGAUGUAUUAAUAUGGGCCAUUGGGCGGGAUCCCAACACAGAGGAUUUACAAUUAUCCAAAGUCCAUGUGGACCUUACGAGCACCGGUCAUAUUAAGGUUAAUGCGUAUCAAGAAACGAGCGCCAGUAAUAUAUAUGCGUUGGGCGAUGUGUGUGGAAUAUUCCAGCUUACACCCGUUGCCAUUGCUGCCGGGAGACUCCUUGCGGAAAGGCUUUACAAUAACAAACCGUAUGCAAAGUUUGAAUAUAAGAAUGUUCCUACCGUAAUAUUUACUCAUCCCCCCCUUGGGUCCGUUGGUGUUUCUGAAGAGGAAACAAUUCGCGAAUAUGGAAACGAACACAUUAAAAUAUACCAAUCAAGAUUUACCCCUUUAUUUAACGCCAUUACUAACAAGAAAACUCAAUCUGCUAUAAAACUUAUCUGCUACGGUAAAAGCGAAAAAGUUAUCGGUCUUCAUAUAGUUGGUUCUGGUGUUGAUGAGAUGUUGCAGGGGUUUGCGGUGGCCAUAAAGAUGGGAGCUACUAAAGCUGACUUUGACGCGUGUUGCGCAAUCCAUCCGACUAGCUCGGAGGAAAUUGUUACUAUGCGUUAAAAAAAUUCAAAAA